AUGUCCGGCUCUGCCCACGACCACGAUCACCUCGACGAACGAGAGCUCACCAUCCUCUAUGCAACGGAAACUGGAAACGCACAAGAUGUUGCAGAACGUAUUGCUAGACUGUGUCGACGUUUGCACUUUGCCGUGCGGCUGUACAGCGUAGACGAGUACCAAGUCGACGACAUCUUUUCGAUGCAUCUCAUUAUCUUUAUCGUCUCAACGACAGGCUCAGGCCGUGAGCCGCGCUCGAUGACCCGCUUCUGGAUGUCACUUCUUCGUGCUGACCUCCCGCACGACCUCUUCGACCACCUGGAGUUCGCAAUCUUUGGUCUCGGCGACACUGCCUACGAGAAGUUUUGCUGGCCUGCUAAAAUGCUUGAGCGGCGGCUUUUGACCCUUGGUGCGACCAAGGUCGUUGAUAGAGGAGAGGCAGACGACCAACACCAGCUCGGAUUGGACGGUGCAUUAGACCCGUGGAUUGAGUCCCUGUCGGAUGCGCUCCUCAAUUUGUUCCCACUGCCUCCCGGCCUUGAGGUCAAGCCGGGUGGUAUUCCGGAGCCUCGUGUGAGCAUCAUUGAAGGCCAGCCGGCCGCUCUGCCGCCGGAUACCGGCUUGUUCAAGGGCUACUACACGGCCACCGUCUCCAGAAACACGCGCAUAACCGCUUCGGAAUGGUAUCAAGACGUCCGACAUUUCGACCUUGACUUCGACGAAGAUUUAGAGUACUCACCAGGAGAUAUCGCAGUUGUAGAACCCGAAGCAUUUGCACCAGAUGUUGAUGCCUUCCUACAAUGUGUUGGCUGGCUUGACGAAGCCGACAAUCCCUUCUCUGUGAAGCACGUUCUGCCAGACCAGUCGUUGCCCACUCGCCUCCCGCGAACUCUAACCUUGAGAACCCUCUUUACGCGCCAUCUGGACAUCAAUUUUGUCCCACGACGGUCGUUCUUCGCUCUUCUACGGCAUUUUACACCGGAUGAACUCGAGCGGGAGAAGCUCGACGAGUUCUUGUCGCCUGAAGGCGCCGAUGACUUGUACGACUAUUGCCAAAGCGUGCGGCGCACGGUACGAGAAGUCUUCGAAGAAUUCAGAAGCGCCAAGGUACCGAAAGAGUACCUCUUCGACCUCUUUCCGCCGCUGCGGCCUCGCGAGUUCUCGAUAGCGAGCUCAGCACUGCGGAGCCCGCGGCGCAUACAACUAUGUGUAGCCAUCGUGAAGUACAAGACAAAGCUGAAGAUACCAAGACGAGGCGUGGCCACUACGUAUCUUGCAGCGUUGCAGCCAGGAGACAAACUUCAAAUUCGCCUCAAGAAGGGUAUCGUACUGCUGCCUCCUGACAAGGCCACGCCUGUAAUAUGCAUCGGACCCGGUACUGGCAUAGCACCCGUACGCGCGCUCAUUGAGGAGCGUGUCGCACGGGGUGCAAAAGCGAACACGCUUUACCAGGGCUGCCGUUCCGCGACGAAGGACCAGCAUUACCGCGAGGAGUUUACCGCGCUCGCCGCUGACGAAGACAAGCAGCUCGACUACCGCGUCGCAUGCUCGCGCGACGGCCCGCCUGGCGUAAAGCGCACAUACGUGCAGGACCUCAUCGCCGCGGACGCGGAGCGCAUAUGGGAGCUCAUGGGCGUACGAGGCGCGUGGGUCUACAUUUCUGGGUCUUCGAACAAGAUGCCAGCGGGGGUCAAAGCUGCGGUACAGGGUGCGCUCGAAGGAUUUGGGCAGAAGACGGAGGCUGAGGCAAAGGAGUUUAUUGCGAAUAUGGAGAGAGCAGGGAAGCUGAUCGAAGAUUGCUGGGAUUGA